AUGGUUCCGAAGAAUCCAAAGAACUUAAUGAACUUGAUCAAGACAGAUGAUGAAUCAAAACUUGCAGAACUAAUUGGCUGCUUAUCAACAGAUGAUUCUCUUACCACAUACGAAUAUAUUCAUGCUGAAGACGAUGAGGUUAAAGGCGGAAGAAGUAAAGAUUCUAAGAAAAUUGUACAAAUGGGUUCAGUUAAAUGUUGUAAAAAAUCUCAAACAAGUUGA